AUGGCCUCGUCGCCACUUGACGCCGCGUACGAGACCCUUGCCACGUCGGCGCUCGGCUCACUCGGCCACGCGCGCGCGCCCGACCAUACCUACGUCCCUGUCGCCACCCGGCUCGCCUUCCAUUCGCUGGGCACCGUUCCGGGCGCGCACUUUAUCACUCUCGAUCUGGUGGCCUCGUCGUCAAACGCCACGGCCAACUUCAACCCGCUCAGCCUCCGGCUUCGUGCCGAGCACGCCUCGUCGGCGCUUUCUCCCCUCGCCCCGGCGCCGUCGCCGCUUGACAUCACCUCGCGCCCGGUCGCUCCCGUGAGCGUGUUCUGGACUCUGCCGUCGAGCUGGUCCUCAGAUGAUCCCAUCACCUCACCUUCGCUUGUUUCUCUGGCUCACCAGGCCGAUGUUGUUGCCUCACCGACUUGGCACGUCGACAACCCGCUCGCCCUCGUUGUGGAAGGCUCCGGCGCACGUAUGGUCCAUGGCCCAGGCACGCCGUCGUUCCAUCCGUAUCUCGCCGGUGAGGCCGUUAUUGGCACCUCACUGCCCAAGCUCUUCAUUAAUGCCACCGGCGGCACUGUGACCCUCGCCACCACCGCUGGCCUCGCCUUUUCUAUUGGCGAUGGUGUCGGCGACUACGAGCUCGAGGCUACUGGCAAGCCCGCUUCCAUCAACGCCGCCCUCAACAACUUUUACUACAACCCGACUCGCCCGGCAUGGAUCCGACAAACCGCCGGCGCCGUCGCCGCCGGUGCACCUCAGGUCGUCUUUGACGCCACUGCGCCGUUCUACUCGGCCUGGGGCGACGGCAUCUUCCGUGGCACUCUCCGCCUCAACGCCACUGCUGGUGACGCUGGCUCGCUCGACGCACCCCUCUACGCUGCCCCGCACCACGACCUCUCGCUGGCGCUGUGGGUGGCGACACCAGCUGCUGCCGGGCCGCACACCACCACCACUCCGGUCAUCAUUGCCCGCGGCCCGCUGCCAGCCGUCGUCUCUGCGCCAGCGUUUGCGCUCACCCUUGACACCGUCGCAGGCACCGCAGUCUUCACCGUCUCGGAUGGGGCUUCAUCAUCGCCGAUCUCUGCUUCGGUCUUGGUGGAUGUCUCGAGCCAACUUGCGUCCGGCACUUGGUUCCAUCUUGUCGCCAUGUAUGACGCCUCCUUCUCUGAACUCGUGCUCUACCUCGAUGGCGUGCGCGCGCCGACUCCGCUUGGCAGUGUGACCCUGCCUGCCACCUUUGCGGCCAACGUUGUGGCUGCCGGCGGGUUCGGCCCCGGACCCACCACACUGGGUGGCUCGUUCUCGGGCUGGCUCGGCGACGUCCGCGCCUACUCGGUCCCGCUCACGCCGCAGCAAGUCUCGCUGCUUGUCGCCUUUGAGGCCGGUUUUGUUCGAUCCGGAUGCACCCACCUGGUGGUCGCGCCUGCCCCGCCGCCGUCGCCGCCGCCGUCGCCGCCUCCGCCGUUUGCUCCGCCGUCCCCGCCGGCCUUUGCUGGCCACUCGCCGGCAGGCAGGCUCAUCCUCAAUCCGCCCGCUACUGCCGACGACGUUGUUGAAGUUAUCUCUACCGCCAGCCUCCGAUCUUCGACCGAGACAACUCUCACUGUCGACCCCGACGCUAUGGCUGCCGUCCGCUUCGCCGUCCCCAUCCCGCAUGGGGCACGCAUCGCCGCCGCCCACUUGAUCCUCCGUCCGAACACGGUCGUACCGCAGACCUCGAUCACCAACAUCACUAUCUCGGCCGAAAGCAUCCGAGACGCCCCGCAGCUCACGAGUGCGUCCAUGCUCUUUACGCGGACCUUUUCGCCGACCUCGGUGUUGUGGGACGUCGGCCACUUUCUGCCACAGCAUCGGCACUUUGCCGUCCCGUCCGUCGGCCGUUCCCCCGACCUCGCUGCCAUCCUGCAGGAGCGCGUUGAUGACCCACUGUGGACCAAGGACUCGCACGUCAUGUUCCGGCUCGUAGCCGGUGGCGCUGUCGGCGCCAGCCGCACUUUUUACGGCACCACCACCUCGACGGCCAACAGACACAUCUAUGCGCCGCGCCUUGAGAUCGAGUUCCACUGCCAUGUUGCAGGCUGCGGACCGACCCUUGUCCCGCCGCCCUCGUCCGCCACUGCCCCCAUUGGCACCACUCUGACACUGCCCGCCUUUCUGAUCUCCGACCCGGACGUGCUCUCGGCCUUUAUCGCCCUCCCAGCCAAGUCCGCUGACGAUGCGUACGAAGAGACAACCGGCGGUGCGUACCCCGGCGACGUCGUCGAUACCGGCACCACGCUGCACUUUGGCUACAAGUCUGGCCUCAUCUUUUCCCGGCUCGUCUUCCCGGCUGCUGGCCUGCCGCAUGGUGCUCCUGUCCACUCGGCUGCAAUCUACGUCGCGGCGGCCACGUCCCGAUACGGCACCACGACCGGACUGGUCUACGGCGACGCAUCGCAGCCGGGGCCGGCUGCGAUCGCGGCCGACUUUGACAUUUCUAGCCGCCCGCGGACCGCUGCCUCGGUCCCGUUCGGCCCUGCCUCCAUGCCAUCCACUCAAGUCAUGUACCCGCUCACCUCGAACAUCGGCCCCAUCCUCUCCGAGUACACUGCCAAGCCGACAUGGGACGAGUCUGCCGAUGUCCAUGUAAUUGUCGAGGGCACUGGCGGCACCGACUACCGCGUCACAUACGCCAUGGACCACGCCUACGGCGAACCCAUGUACAUGCUCGAGGGUGCGUUCGAGGUCACAGGCCCGUGGUCGUUUACAGUCUCGGUCAGCCAUGGCAACGUAGGCCUCACUCCGCUCCCGGCCGGCCUGGUCGUCACCUCUGGCUCGGCCGCGGGUGACGUUCACAUCGAGGGCUCCGCUCCAUUCCAUGUCUUGGAGUCGCUUCUUGAAGGCGGAGGCAUCACCUACACGCCCCCAGCCUACACCGUUGUUGACGUGGUGUGCAUCAACGUCACGGAACCUCUUCUCGACGACGUUUUUUACCUCGACGCGCGGUUUACCUUUGACCCGGCUGGUCCUGGCGCAGGCCUUGACUCGAUCCGCACCCAGCCGGUGACUGCCAGCCUUGCAGGCUCGUCAGCGCUGGCCACCUCGGCUGUUGCGCUGCCAGACGCACGCCACUACACGGCUGCGCUUGGCGCGAGCGGAUCGGUUCUGCUUCCUGCGUCGACUGCACCGUGGCUCGCACCCAACGGCUCGGACUGGUCGCUGGCGUUUUGGGCGCUUCUGCCAGCUGGAGCCCCGCCGCUGCCGUCGGCCCUGGUCUCGUUUGGUCUCGGGCCUGGUGAGCCCGGUAUGGAGCUUGUCUCUGUGGCUCCCGACUGGUUGACCUGGGUAGUGCGCGACGACCAGACUGUCGACCCAGCCCCGCCGCUGGUCAACGUCACCCUGGCGUGGCCGCCGUCGCCAUCGCCGACCUGGCACCACUUUGGUAUCUCGCUCUCGCGCAGAUUCGCCGAGUUUGCACUUUACAUUGACGGUGUUGCUGCUGGAAGUUACGCAUGGGACGACAAUCUGGACCCUGUGGGCACCCAGCCGGUGACUGCCAGCCUUGCAGGCUCGGCAGCGCUGGCCACCUCGGCUGUUGCGCUGAUGUGCGGAUCUACACUGAUGCGCUCGGCGCUUUCGGCGUGUGUCGACGUUGUGGUCACCCCGCCGCCGCCGCCGCCGCCAUCGCCGCCGCCGCCAUCGCCACCGCCGCCAUCACCGCCUCCUCCAUCGCCGCCGUCGCCUCCUCCUCCCUCGCCACCGCCGCCAUCGCCGCCGCCGCUUCCGCCGCCAUCGCCGCCCGCGCCACCCGCGCCACCCGUACCGUCUGCCUGUGAGUCGAACGUGCGCGAUUGUGCCGGUCACUGCAACGGCUUUGCCGUCGUCGACGAUUGUGGCGUGUGCUCAGGCGGGCAGACCGGGCUCGUCCCUAACGCCGACAAGGACCACUGCGGUGUGUGCUUUGGUGGCAACGCCGACAAGGACGACUGUGGUGUUUGCCGCGGCGGUAAUGCAGGCAAGGACGUCUGCGGUGUGUGCUGGGGCGAUGGCUCGUCCUGUGCUGGCUGUGACGGUGCGCCGUUUUCGGGCCAGGUCUUUGACGUGUGCGGCGUGUGCGGCGGCGAUGGGACCAGCUGCCUCGGCUGCAACGGCCUUCCCAUGUCUGCAGGUGGCCGGACCAUCGACACGUGUGGCGUGUGCGGUGGGCCACACAUUGCGCCCGGAUCUUGCGCUACAACAUGUGCUGCUGGUGCCUACCAUGACUGUGCAGGAGUGUGCGGUGGCAGCGCUCUCGUCGAUCUGUGUGGUGUCUGCUGGAGUGCCACAGACUACGUGGCCAACGCCAACAUGCACAUGGACGACUGUGGCGUGUGCUUUGGCAACAACACUGCGAAGGACGACUGCGGUGUGUGCGGUGGGACCAACGCCGACAAGGAUAGUUGCGGCGUGUGCGGCGGCAACAAUGCCGCUCGCGAUGCGUGCGGCAUCUGCUACGGCUUCAACUACUCGGUCGAUGCCUGUGGUCUAUGCUUUGGUGAGUCGCGAACGUGUCUCGGCUGCGACGGAGUGCCCAACUCGGGCAAGGUCUUUGACCCAUGCGGCGCUUGUGGUGGUGCAUGCCUGGCAGCGACCAGCACGUCUCCGGUCCGCACCAAGUCGAGCACCGGGUUGACGGUCGGCGUCAUUGCCGCGUCGGCGACCGCGCUCUGCCUCUUUCUUGUUGUUGCUGCCCUCGUCGGCAUUAUGCUGCGGAUGCGGUCGUCGCAGCCGAUUGCCGAAGAACGGAUGCGGCGCGCUGAAGUCAAGGAGAUCAUCGAUGAGAACCGGUUUACCGAGACCGCGAACGGACGGGCACCGACCGGAAACGUCACCUUUAUUUUCACCCGCAUUGCCGAGAACACCGCCCUGUGGGAGCUCUAUCCUGAAGUCAUGGAGCUGCUACUGGUGGCCCACUCGGACAUUGUGCGUGGCAUCCUCACCGAGUUUCCGGCUGGCUACGAGGUCAAGCUCGAAGCCGACGCCUUUAUGCUCGCCUUUGCCGAUCCACUUUCAGCCCUCGAGUUUGCCUGCCGCACCUCGGUCGAGUUGCGGACGUACCAGUGGAAGGAACACGUCGAGGCAAAGGGUGUAGUCUGGCCGCGAACGUCGUCGCUCAACGAGAAGACCGAGUUCCUCAACCUGCAUGUCUCGAUGGGUGUCCAUGGUGGCAACGUGCUAUCGACCGUCGACGAGCGGACCCAGCGCAUGGACUACUAUGGCACGGUUGUCAACCGCGCUGCUCGCAUCUCGGCCUACGACACCAGCAACGGCGCCAUCACCAUCUCCGAGUACUCGCUCAACAUGGCCCGCGCCAUCGACGCCGCACGCACCGAGGCUGUGGCUCGGUUCCGCUGCGAGGGUGAGAAGGCUUUCAAGGGCAUCGAGGAUGCCAUCAUGAUCUACGCCGUCAUUCCGCACAACGCGCCAGGAUCGACAGAGAUGUCAGUUUCGCCGCGCGACAUCGCUGUUGCACCUUCCGAUGCCGACCACGGCGACGACCCAGACGACGCCAUCGAAGCCGCGACGUCAGCCCGCGGCCCGCGGCCGACGUCAAAGUCGUCCAAAUCCGACGACGUUGUCGGUAUUGUCCACGCCCAGCGGGCAGCGUCGCGGGCAUCGCUCUCGCGAGCGUCGGCAGCCCGCAUGCAAAAGGUGCGAUCCGGAGUUGGCUCGCGGUCGGGGCGGGCGGCGCGGGUCCUGCGGUCUCGGGCUGCCGCCUCACGGGCGCGGCCCGUCCGUAAGCUCUCGGCCCACUCGCUCGACAACGAGCAGCGCAACGGCGUGUCCGAUGAUGACGAGAUCGAAGGGCAGCGUGCGGCCACCGCGCGGCCCGGCACCUCGGUCCUUGUCUCGUCAGCCUCCCUCACCGACAUCGAACCCGUUCGCCCGCGUGCACUCUCGCGCGUCGGUUCGCGGCGCCUGGCGGCCUCGCCGUCGCAACGGUCGCGCACCGGCUCGCGCACCCGCCCAACGGUCGGCUCACGGGUUGGCUCAGUCAGGCGCAAUCGGCCCGCGUCCAAGUCGGUCGAGCGGACUAGUUCCAAGGGCAGUCCGCGAAGCCGCCCAGAUUCGCGCUCGCUUGGCGCCACAGACUCACAGUCACGCUCCAGGUCGCGAUCAAAGUCGCGCUCCCGCACCGACGCCCGGUCGGCGCUCCUUGCUCGGCUUACCUCGCCGCCGUCUUCGGCGAGGCGCAGCUCUGACGAUCGACUCAACAGGUCGGGCGGUACGCUGGCUCUUCCCGAGGAGCGCAUGGUGCGUGCGGGCUCGAUCGAUACCUUGGCCUCGCCCAUGGCCUCUCGCUUCACGCCCAUCUUGGACCGCUCGGCCUCAACACAGGCCUUGUCGUAGCAGACUUACUCACCAAGGAGAGUGAAUGCUGAUGAUCAAGGGGGACACCUUUUAGGGGCUGGGCAACUAAUUGGGGUGGCCGUGACGCGCGGCUCUUGCCGCCUCGCGGCGGCGCUUCUUGGCCUCACGCUCGCGCUGGCGCUGAUUGUCUCGCUGCGCCUUUUGCACGGCCAAGACAAAGUCGAGGAACUUACCGCAGAACUCCUGAGCCUUGACCUUGGCAGGGCUCUCGCCGUACGCUUUGGCGGUCUUGGCGUACGUCGUCUUGAUGGCGGCGAUUGAGUUGUGCAUGUCAGCCAGCGCGGCGUUGGCGCCCUCGGCAAAGACCCCCAUGACCUCGACAAAGCGGUCGGUUGGGGCUACAAGCUCCAGCUCCCGACCAAUAACUUUGAGCGCAACAGUGAGUUCGGUCACCUGAGCCUCCAGCAGCUCGAGCGAGUAGCGCGCACCUUGCUCGACGUGGCUAAGAUCCUCGACGAAGCAAAGCACGUUUGGGUGCUUAGUAGCGAGAAAAUCGACGAGAACAUGCAGCAGCGUCGUUCGGUUGUCCUGCGACUUGGUGUCGCGUAGCUUGUUAAGAAACGAGAGCCGGAAGCCAAGCGAUGGGUACCCGUUCAUAAAGUUGCCAACAGCGAGGA